AUGUUGCCGUGUUGCCAUGUUGCCGUGUGCACAGACAAAAGCAGCGGCUCGCCUCUUGCUUCGUCUGUCUGUUUGUACUUGACUGUUGCUGCCUGCAUCUGGACAGCGAGACAUACAGCCAGUGCGGUUGUCGUACUCAGGACAGGUAGGACCUUGGAUCGAGAUCUUGCGGCCUAG